GAUGUGAGUGGAGUUUUUCAGCCCUCAUGCAAAACAACCAUCUAAACAUAACAGAUGACAUCAGCUUGGGCUUUUCAAUUCCUGGAUGGCAGCGGCGUGUUAAUCCAGCCGUCAUCCUGGAUUUCAUAAACUAAAACAAGAGAGGCUGGCAGGAGCUCAGCGCUGCCGCUGGGUUGAGGAAAUUGAUGACGGGGAAGCAUGCGGGCAACACAGUGUAUAAAACUCAUAAACGUGUAGGCAGAAGCUCAGCUACUACUUUGGACGGCUGCUUCCCGCCAGCAAAGACCACGACAGCAGGGAGCUGAGCCGGAGCCUGCUGGGAGAAAUGAAGAGCCUCUUACUGCUGACCACAUUCUUCCUACCUGUGCACCUGGCUAUGGCCUGGAGCGCCAAGUAUGCAGUGGAUUGCCCAGAACACUGUGACAAUAGUGAAUGCAGAGGCAGCCUGCGUUGCAAGAGGACAGUGCUGGAUGACUGUGGCUGCUGUCAUGUGUGUGCAGCCGGACCCGGAGAAACCUGCUACCGCACCGUCUCAGGCAUGGAUGGCGUCAAGUGUGGUCCAGGGCUGAAGUGUCACUUUUACAGUGAAGAGGAUGAUUUUGGUGACGAGUUUGGUAUCUGCAAAGACUGUCCCUAUGGCACUUUUGGGAUGGAGUGCAAAGAGAUUUGCAACUGCCAGUCGGGCAUAUGUGACAGGGUGACCGGGAGAUGUCUGGAGUUUCCCUUCUUCCAGCAUGCAGCAGCCAAGUCGCCCAGCAGGACUGCCACCUCGCACACAGAGCGUGACGCGGCGUCUGGGGAUGGCAAUGCUGUGAGAGAAGAGAUCGCUGAAGGCAACGUCGCUCGGCCGUCUGUAAUGAAAUGGUUAAAUCCACGCUGAUCCGGGCUCCACUUCAAUGACCAACACUCAACCAACAUUUUAAGAGCUGUCUAGAGCAGAGACUAUGGACAUGUACUUGAUGGAGAUCAAGAGUGAUUGGGAGAGGAUCCAAAAAAAAAAUAUAGGCGAUAUUCAACCCAUAAAACAAUAUGACUGAAUACUUUUAGAUAUAUGUUAAAUCUUUAAAUGCAUAUAGAUCUGUUAAAUGUGCGUGUGAGUGUGUGGGCGAUGUCACCAAGGGGCUAAACGUGCAAUUGAGAUGGUCUUAUGGUUAAUGAGUAAUCUGAUCAAAGCUGGAGAAACCAUGUGUCCUUUGACUUGGGUAUACAUUCUUGUUGAAUGUACAGGUUGAAGAAAGAAGAUGAGGUAGCAGAAGUUGGGGUUAAUACCAUUUAGUUCUUCCUUGUGGCAGCUUAAAAUUUAUUAUUUUGUUUUAAUCUGGGGAAACAAGACCAGAAAAGCCUUGAAGGAAGUAAGAUAUUGGAAGCUGGUGGGAGCAGCUGCCAUGCAUGGAAAUGUUGUUAUUACG